AUGGAUUUCCUCCAGCUCGCUCUUGCCGAGGCAAGAAAGUGCAUCCCCAGCCCGACCGCGUUUUGCGUGGGCUGCGUCUUGAUCGCCGCAUAUCCUCCCGGCACCGAAGCGGAACCAGUCGUCGUCGCCCGUGGUUACUCGCGAGAGUUGGAAGGCAACACGCAUGCCGAGGCGAACGCCAUCACCAAAGCGCGACAGCUCACUCCUGCUCAACUGCAAGAGCUGUUCCCCGCUUCCCAGAUUCCCAUCAGUGUGGAAACCCUUCUCUCCCAUACCGAUAUCUACACUACCAUGGAACCUUGUUCCGUCCGAACAUCCGGGCUAGCACCUUGUGCUGAUGCAGUUGUUGCCGCGGGGAUAAGGAGAUGCUUCAUUGGAGUGGGAGAACCCGACGAUUUCGUCAAGUGCGAAGGCGCGCAGAAGCUCAAAGAUGCUGGUGUGGAAGUAAUUUGGCUCGCUGGGAUGGAAGAGGAGUGUCUGGCUGUGGCCAGGAGAAGGGAAUGA